AGCUACCGAUAAAAUAUUGUCGAAUGUUAUCACCAAGCAAAGUAAAACGAGAAAUUUUCUCGUCUGACGAUGAUGGAGACAGCGAAAAUGAGGAGAAUAAAGAAGAUGCACAGCAGAACGAUGUGGAUGAGGAUGAUAAAAUAGAAUUAUUAGAAUUUGAAAGGAACAUCAUGUUGGAUACACUAACCGACGAUGUGUUGUUCAUCUUAGCAAGAGGACUUGGUCUGGAACGUUUGAUGUUGCAUCAUCUAAGUUUGUAUUCGGAUCCAAAAUUAUUGGUUUUCGUUAUAAAUACAACUCAACAUGAU